UGUCCCGUGGCAAACGUAGGAUCCUCGGGCCACCCGAUUCUUGCGCCGAUAAGCCGUUCGUUGAAAUGCUCUUUUCUGCUGAUGGGAGAGAUCUGCGGUGCGACGACUUGAUUAACCCCCAAAUCUCACUUCGCUGCCCGUCACUUCUUACCGAAAAGCCCUCGGCAGGUGCUGAUAUGUCGUGUUCCCACCCGCGCCCGGAACGGAGCUCUCAGAUGGGAGUUGGUCCUCCCCAACCUCCACUCUCGCGACGCUCCCCACCCCACCUUCUUCCAUUAAUAUAUUGACCUUCUUCUUCACCUCCUCUUCUCUCUCUCUCUCUCUCUCUCUCUCUCCGUGGCUUCUCUUCAUGCCUUCGCCUGCUCUAGGGUUUCUCCCCGGCCAUGAAGUGCUUCCAUUUCUCCAGCGGCGACGCCGGCGGCACCUUCGAUGACGCCGGAUCCAGGGUCUCCCGCCUCUCCUGGGCACGCUCCCUCAGCAUCGCGUCCACCUCCUCCUCGCUCGGACUCGAGCCACGGCGGGCCGAGCUCGACCCCGGCUGGGACCUCCCAUGCCCGGCGACCGCCGGGCCGCCCGAGGGCCUCCGCGCGUUCGCGUUCUCGGAGCUGAAGGCCGCCACCAGGGGGUUCGGCCGAUCCCUCCUGAUCGGCGAGGGCGGGUUCGGGUGCGUCUACAGGGGUGUCGUCACGGUCGCAGGCGACGACGGCGCCGCCGAGACGAUGGACGUCGCUGUAAAGCAGUUGAACCGGCACGGGUUGCAGGGGCACAAGGAAUGGGUUACUGAAGUCAAUUUUCUUGGUGUAGUGAAGCAUCCAAAUCUUGUCAAGUUGGUGGGUUAUUGUGCUGAAGAUGAUGAGAGGGGGAUUCAAAGGCUUCUUGUUUAUGAAUUGAUGCGCAAUAAAAGCUUGGAGGAUCACUUAUUAUCUCGAGUUUCAUCAGCUCUCUCAUGGUCUCUAAGGUUAAAGAUUGCACUAGAUGCUGCACGUGGUUUAGCAUACCUCCACGAAGAAAUGGAUUUUCAGUUAAUAUUUCGGGAUUUUAAGACAUCCAACAUUUUGCUAGAUGAAGAUUUCAAUGCCAAGCUCUCAGACUUUGGUUUUGCUAGGCAUGGCCCAACAGCAGGAGUUGGUCAUGUUGAGACAUCAGUAGUUGGCACCGUUGGCUAUGCUGCUCCAGAGUACAUCCACACCGGAAAAUUAACUGCUAAAAGCGAUGUAUGGAGUUUCGGUGUGGUUCUUUAUGAACUUGUAACAGGAAGGCGGUCCUUAGAUAGGAACCUACCAAGAAGUGAACAAAAGCUCUUGGAGUGGGUAAAACCUUUUGCAACGGACCCCAAAAAGCUCCACACUAUUAUGGAUUCACGACUCGAAGGGAAGUAUUGCUUAGAAUCUGCUCAGAAUCUAGUGGCUUUGGCAAACAGAUGCCUAAAGAAGCAACCAAAGUCACGUCCUAGAAUGAGCGAGGUGGUCGAGAUGCUUGAUCAGAUCAUUAAGACGUCUAACAGUGAGACUACAGAAACCAUCACCAGUACAUCAAUCUCUCCGGGGGAGGAUGCUGCUGACACGAAAAAGCUGUCAAGAGAUAAAAGUUCCAGGAGCAGGGUCUUCGAAAUCAAGGAUAUGCUCACCCUAAAGAAUAACUCUGUGGGGAGGUUAUACUGGAGAUCAUUGGCUUCAGGACCGAUUGCAAGGAUGGCAAGGAAUCGGCCAUAAGCUUGCAUGGUGGAGUUCAAUUCUUGGUUUCUUUUGGUACUGGUGGAUGAGUUAGCAGCAGGCAAGGUUUUGGUACUAGUUCUACUGUUCUACUUGAAUCAUCUCGAUCUCUUUCCUUCACCAUUCACAGAAACGACAGAACGGAUGUCUGUUCCUGUGUUCAAUUGUUUAGCAUCUUGCGUCUGAACGACGCUUCUUGGUGUUCAACCGAUGUACAAAGUUUUCAAAGCAGAAGAACAAUGUGUUUUUCC